GAGGUCUUAAGAAACAUGAAAGGGAGGGAUGUUAGAAAAACAGAUCAUCUAGAAUGGCUGGAUCUAGAGGUGGGUGGAUUUGCAGAGAGACCCACUGGUGAGUGAGGGAGGCAGAUAGUGUGGGGCCUGGAAGUCAUUUUACAGAGUCUGGAUUUUAUCUGGGGGCCAGUGAGAAGCCUUUAAAGGGUUUUUGCAGUUAAGGUGGGAGGCUGGUGAGGAAGCAGAGAGAAAGAGGACAGCAGUCCAGGUUGAGCUGUUGGCAGCAGAGAUGGAGGGAAGGGAUGAACACUGAGAGCUGUUGAGGAGAAAGGAUAACAGGCCUGGUGACACUGAAUAAGGAGGGAGGUGGGAGAGGACCCCAGAGUUUCUGUCUUUGCCAGCUGGAUGGAGAGCAGAGCUGCCUGAUGAGUUAGGGGCUCUGGUGGAGGUGCAGUGCUUGCUUUGUUUGGGACAAGUUGGGCAUGAUGUUCCUAUAGAAUAUCCAGGGAGGGAGUCUGUGCAUAGCUGGUUCUAUAGUUUUGAGUUCAGGAAAGGGCCAAAGCUAAGGAUUCACAAAUGGACAGGUAGGAGUGGGUGAGGUGGCCAGGGGGUAGGUCCUGAAGGACACCAACCAGAAAAAGAGCAACCCAAAGAGGAAGGAGGAAAACCAGAAGGUUUGGAAGCCAGGGAAAUACCCACCUGCUGUAUUGGAGGUUGCAAACCUGUCAAGGCUGAGUAUCCACUGGAGUCAGGGAAAAUGUUACUAGGUGGAGGCUGUUUCUGGGACAUGGUGGGGACAGCCUGAAGCCAGACCAUAAGAGGGAUGGGAGGUGAGGCAGUAGAGAAAGCCAGAGCAGAGGACUCCUGAGAAUUCUGUGAACAGGAGAGUGAGGCUCAGGAUGCAGGGUUUGUUUUUUAAGGGAGAACACUGGUAGGAAGUCAGAAGCAGCAGUCAUAGCCACUGGAAAGAGGAUUGUGCUGGGUAGCAGUGCUGGUUCGUACAGCCUGCCCUCAGAAGCUCCCAGGUGGGGUAGGGGGUGGAGGUUGUCUACUCCAAGACCCAUUGCAUGAGCUGGGAUCUGGAGGCUCUGAGUUCCAGGAAGUGAAAGGUGGCAGCAGAGCUAGGCAAGGCCUGGGCCCUCAAUCUCCAGAGCACCUCUCUGCCUGCCUGGGUCCAGAUCAAACAAACCCUUUGCUUGCUAGCCUACUUCAGGAGUCCCCCAAGCUGAACCAAUCCCUGCCAGCCCUACCGGACCUGCAGGGGGCCCAAGCUUGGUUAUUUCUACCUGCAGGAGGCUACGCUGGCCUGGACACUAGGGACCAGGGGACUGUCUCUAGGGAGACAGACCGAAGUGCUCACUUGUGAAGUUAAAGCAGACAAGGUCAUCCCCCUGUCCUGUAUCCCAGUGGAUGAGGGAGAGAGGCAAGGGAAGACAGAGGAAAAAGUCCUGGACUGAAUUCUGGAAGACCUGAAGCCGUGCUCUUAUCUUCUGCCUGUAUGAUCCUGGGCAAGUCACUUACCUCCCUGAAGGGCAGCAAACCCAUCUGGGCAUGAUCAAUGAGAGCUGCUGACAGGGUUGUGAGAACUGAACGAGCAGUCUUGUUGGUUCUUGUCUGUGUGGUGUGUUUGCCGGCAGGCAUGGCAGAACCAAGAGUAAGGAGGCAGCCAUGUAUCUGGGGCAUUUUUUGGACCCUGUCUUCCAGAACCAGGGCUCCUGGUAAGCCAAGGAGAGGCGCUUCCUAGGCUGUGUUGGGAGGCGCCAGGUGUUUGCCAAAGUUGCUGGGCUCCAGGGAUUUGGGACCCGCCUGCCCUGGUGCUCCUGCCAACCCAGGCCCUGACCCACACUGGAGAGGCAGGGAUGGGGAAACUAACCCGAGGGGCUAAUGCUUCUUCCUGUCUCCUGGAAAGGCAGAUUUGGGGAAUUUGAGCCUGCACAGAGACCAGAAUCCACCUCUUCCAGCCUUCCCAGAGAGAGCUGCCAGUGAGGAUCCCUCUCAGAAAUUAGUUCCCACUCGGAGACAGGGCUCACAGCGGCGGCGCCAGGGCGGAGCUGAGCUCCAGAUGUCCGGGCGCGCACAGCUGUUGGGUCACGUGGCAGCGGCCCCGGGCCCCCCCUUCCUGCCAACGUUGCAUUUGGCCCAGGCCCCGUCCAUGGCCGCCCUUGGGACCCUACGCUGAGCCCCGGAGGCCCUGGCAUGCGGGGCCGCGCCGCUCCCAAAGGUCAAAGGUGUGUCAAGAUUUCAAGGACGACCGUGGUGGGGGGCGCGGGCGCCGGCCACGCGGACAUGAGGCGGAGGCUGCGCCUACGCAGAGAAGCGUCGCUCACGCUGCUUCUCGGCGCCGCCCUCGGCCUCCUCCUCUACGCGCAGCGCGAUGGCGCGGCACCGACGACAAGCGCGCCGCGAGCUCAAGAGGGGGCGGCGCUGGAGCCCACCGCGGGGCUCCGUGUAUUCCCGGCACCCGACGCGGGUGCAGCUCCGCCGGCCUACGAAGAGGACACGCCGCAGCCGCCCACGCCCACGGGACCCUUUGACUUUGGUCGCUAUCUGCGCGCCAAGGACCAGCGGCGCUUCCCUCUGCUCAUUAACCAGCCGCACAAGUGCCGAGGAAAUGGCGCAUCUGCCAGCGGACCUGACCUGCUCAUCGCCGUUAAGUCGGUGGCGGCUGACUUCGAGCGGCGCCAAGCCGUGCGCCAGACGUGGGGUGCUGAGGGUCGCGUGCAGGGGGCGCUUGUGCGCCGGGUGUUCCUGCUGGGCGUGCCCAGGGGCGCAGGCACGGACGGGGCAGACGCGGAGGGGGCGGGCACGCAAACGCACUGGAGCGCUCUGCUGCGUGCUGAGAGUCGAGCGUACGCAGACAUCCUACUCUGGGCUUUCGACGACACUUUUUUCAACUUGACGCUCAAGGAGAUCCACUUCCUGGCCUGGGCCUCCGCCUACUGCCCCGACGUGCGCUUCGUUUUUAAAGGCGACGCCGACGUGUUCGUGCAUGUGGGAAACCUGCUGGAGUUCUUGGCGCCGCGGGACCCGGCGCAGGACCUGCUUGCGGGUGACGUGAUCGUGCAGGCGCGGCCAAUCCGAGUGCGGGCUAGCAAGUACUACAUUCCCGAGGCUGUGUACGGCUUGCCCGCCUACCCGGCCUAUGCAGGCGGCGGUGGCUUCGUGCUCUCAGGGGCCACACUGCGCCGCCUGGCUGGCGCCUGCGCGCAGGUUGAGCUCUUCCCCAUCGACGACGUCUUUCUGGGCAUGUGUCUACAGCGCCUGCGUCUCACACCUGAGCCGCACCCUGCUUUCCGCACCUUUGGUAUCUCUCGGCCUUCAGCCGCGCCGCACUUACGCACCUUUGACCCCUGCUUUUACCGCGAGCUUCUUGUAGUGCACGGGCUCUCCGCUGCUGACAUCUGGCUUAUGUGGCACCUGCUGCACGGACCGCGUGGGCCAGCCUGUGCGCAUCCAUGGCCUGUCGCUACUGGCCCUUUCCAGUGGGGCCCCUAGCCACUUAUCACAGCACCCAGCUCCCCUCAUUCAGACCCAGGAUGUAGUGGGAGGUGGUUUUAAUGGUAGGUUUCCCAGGGCGGAUUACUGCGGUGUGUAUGGUUCUUCCGCAGAAAAGGGCGUGAGUUCAGGAUCCAGCCCCACUAUCACCAGGAGUCUGCCGCCUCAGGGUCUCAGGGAUUGAAGAUUGAGCUUGGCUCCUGCUGACCUACCCUAAUGGGAGGUGAUCUGGAACCAAUCAAAUGGUGGCUCUUGAGAUGGGCAGGGAUGAGGUGGUGUACCAUCAGGCUCUUUGCCAAGCAGAUAAACAUGUUUGGUGCUCCUAGUAGGGACGUGUGUGUGGUGGGAGUGGCAGAGGCUCAUGGAAUCUGACCAUACUCCUUGGCUUGGAAUUCCUAGGGCAGACAAAUGCAGGUCUUUCUCAAGGAUGGCCCCACAGGGAGGGGCGGGGGUAGGGACCUGACCUCAGUCCUUAUGGGACUGGCUGGCAUUCUCCCACAACUCAAUCUGAAAGUAGGUGUUUUGCUUCCUACCUGUCCCUUCAAAGUGGAUUCUUAAUCCUGUCCAGGUCUUUAGUUCUCCUACUGUCUGCUUUCCUGGGGCCAACUCCCGAGCCCUGGACUGGAUGGAACACCAGGGAUGGAGACACACAAGGACUGAGGGCAUUGUCCUACCUAAAGUCUUUCACCACCUCCAGCUACCCACUGAAAAAGAACCUACAACCACAAAACUGAGUCUCCUACUGGAGGCCAUGCUGCCCCCUUCAGAGGAGCCAAGGAACCUCUUCUCCUAAGAUGACUUCACUAUUAAUUUCCCCAUAUUCUUCAACCACCCCCUUUCUCAUCCCCCACCAAAAAACAAUGCCUCCAUGCUUAUUUUAGUACAAACACCCCAGCAACAGCAUAUUGCUGAGGGCAUAGGUCUUUAUUGGAGGAGGGGUGUGGGCAGGGCAUGAGGAAGGUUCCCCCAUUCUAGGAGGAUGGGAACAGUCCUGGCUGCCCCACAGUGGGAUGUGCAGGGUGUCUCUGGCCAGGCCACAGUCCACAUGGGAAGACACUAAUCAGUCACAAAGUCAUGGGAAUGCCACACAAGCCUGGCUAUAUGCCCAGGAACCACAAAGGAGCCCGGGACAUUCAUUGUUAAACUAUACAGGAUGAGGCUGUACAUGAGUUAAUUACAAAAGUCAUAUUUACAAAAAUCUGUACACACAUUUGAAAAACUCACAAAAUUGUCAUCUAUGUAUCACAAGUUGCUAGACCAAAAUAUUAAAAAUGGGAUAAAAUUA